UAUAAUAUGAAAGUAGAACAUGUUUGGCGCGUUAUGUGUAUCUAUUUUAAAACAAGCGCGUAUUUGUGAAAAGAAGAUAAGACCGUCAGCACAAGUUCAGGUGGUGAAACUCUGGAAGAUGUCGUUUUCAACUGAACCUUCUAGUCGUGGCGAAUUUACGUAUAUUGCGUUUCCUGACAAACCAACUUACCUGUCGAAGCUAAAUAGGAACUGCGCGAAAGAGAACGACCAUUGUGCAGGCCUAACGGAUGCUAGUGACAUCGUAAGUGGUGAUAAAGGACAUCAUACACUUCUGGUGAUUCAGCCGCAAGUUUCAGACGAAGAUAUGGUGGCAAAGUACAUUCAGACUGGGGUGAUAUCACAGAGAAUAAUUCGAGAUCUUCCCGCCGAUUUUCCAGGUGGAUUUUCGUUGUGUUACUCCUCCAGUUCUAAUGUUGUAAAGCGAGGAGUUUGUGUUUACUACAAGGAUGAGGAGAGGGAUGUCAUUCUUCCAGAAAUAAAACGCAUUUUACAUGGUCAAAACGUCAGAUCCUACUUCAGAUUUAGCAAUAAUAGAAAUGGACGUUUCAAAAGAACUGAACACGAUACGACAACGGAGGACAUUAUAGAUGAGGCAACCUAUUGUUUGUCCGGAAAUCAGACACAGUCUGCCAUAUUUUCUGUACCAGAUUUUACACCUGUCUUCAAUGAUUAUGCAAGAACCAGAUUAAUUCUGCAGCAGACGUCUGAUGUGCCAGAGGUGGCCGAGCUCCUGACCAUCGCUGACCGUUUGAUACCACAGGACUUGAAUGUCCAGCAGCUACAGGAGAAUAUGAAACAUCCCUUUGUUGUGGUGGAAGGCAUGGAUGCCACAGGAAAGACAACUCUUACCAAGAUUUUGGGAGACAGACUGUCCGCGGUGCGGCUUUACACACCUCCACCACCGAUUGAACAUCUGCGUAAAAUCUUCGACCGACUACCAGAGCUUGUCCGCAGAGCUUACUACAGUAUUGGUAACUACAUAGUUGCCAUGGAGAUCUCUAAGGAGUGCCAGGAGCGAGCCGUUGUCAUGGACAGGUAUUGGCACAGUACAGCAGCCUAUGGGAUCGCUAAUGAGAGCAGUACCGGUGAUUUACCCCGCAGUGGUCACCCCGUGUACCAGUGGCCUACCGACCUGCUCAGACCGACGGCUGUCCUGUUCCUAACAGUCGGAGAGGAGAAAAGGAAACAGAGGCUCCAAGGCCGUGGCAUAGAGAAAACAUUUGAGGAGCGAAGCCUGGACAAGGACCAGCUGUUCAGGCAAAGACUGUGUGACGCUUAUCGGCGGAUGGAGAACCCGAGUCUUGUUGAGGUAGAUGCCAGUGGUACUGUGGAGGAAGUUGUGAAAAGUGCUAUAGAGAAACUGACCAACUGUGGGGUUUAUGUUCCUAGUGACACUCAUGUAUAACAUCACAAACUGUGGGGUUCAUGUACCUAGUGACAUUCAUGUAUAACGUCACAAACUGUGGGGUUCAUGUACCUAGUGACACUCAUGUAUGACGUCACAAACUGUGGGAUUCAUUUACCUAGUGACACUCAUGUAUAACAUCACCAACUAUGGGGUUCAUGUACCUAGUGACACUCAUGUAUAACAUCACAAACUGUGGGGUUCAUGUACCUAGUGACACUCAUGUAUAAUUUCACUUUGGCCAAAAAAAUAUAUGUGUGUUUCCGGUAUUCCGACCUACCCAGGAUUUUACUGUCGACCCUAGAUAUUUUAUAACCUAUUUGUAACAAAGCCAGGCAAAGUUCAUAGCCACUCAUUAUAAUGCACUUUCUUCCUGUUUUUUUAGAGUCUGACCUUAUUCUAAUGACAAAUUACCUUGUAAAUUUUUAAAUAAAACAAUAUUAAUUCAUGAAAUAAAAAAUUAACAUUAAAAAUAAAAUUAUUUGCCUACCGACCUACCCUGUUUUUUUCAGGCGUAUAUGUUAACUCGAACAAACUUGUUUUGGCCUUAUGAAGUGAGGCACAUCAUGGACAAUAAAAAUUGAUGCAUGUCAGCAAAUUUGUCUGCAAUCCUGUUUAGAAUUACUGGCAAUUAACAAAAAAUGCAGUUAAGUAUCAUGUGCCUUUGCUUUGAAACUCAUUUUGAUAUUUAAAUUUUAGAUUUUCACAAAAUUGAACGGUCGAUAGCCAGUGUAGGCCAGCUGUUCACCAUUAUAAUUGUGUUAUUCUUAUGUAAUUAAUUCAAUUAGUGUGUAUUUGCUUAACUUUCAUCAGUAUUAAAUCAAUCACAUGUAACUAUCCAUGUUGGGGUUUGACUUUGACAUGAAAAUUUCCAAGAGUUUUUGAGAUUUGGGACACACCUGAACUGACAAACUUUCACUUAUAAUUUUUACCAUUUACUGUAUCAAAUUAGCAUUCCUGUCUAUAAAUGUAUAUAAAUAGCAUUCCUGACUAUAAAUGUAUAUAAAUAGCAUUCCUGUAUAUAAAUGCCCGGCAGAGACCAAUAAUUUAAACCUUAUAGUAGAUUGGUGAGUUAAGCAUUUAAAAAAUAUUUGUCACAUUGAUCCACUUCCAUUAUGCUGUCAAGAUUGAUCAAUGACCAGUCGUCAAUUCUUUGAGAAAUUCCGAUGAUGGAUGAUGAUUGAUGAUGAUAAAGAUGAAUUUUGAAAUUAUGAUAUCACCGAUGUAACAUAAUGACAGUCUUAAAACUCUCAGCUGACUUUCAUAGUUUUAUCUUCAAUAAGAUUCAUCAGUUUGGAAAUAUGUGAUAUCACAAGUUUUACUUUCUACACAAACAAUGUUCGUAUUAAACGUGUCGCAACAUCUCAAGACCGUCUGGUCCCUUUAAUUUGUCAAGCUAUGACUGAGUGAGCGAUUUGUAUUUUUUACCUGUACAACGAUGUGACGAAAUUGUUUAUUUUUCAUGUCACUCAACCCGAGAUGUUUCGCCCUAUGGAUAGGGAGUGUAUCAAUAAACACUGCAUCAGAUAGCUUACAGGUAGGGUGUAUAUUGUUAUUUUCUGUAACAUAUUAAAGUAACCAUAUUUACAAACAUAUCUGAUGCCCCACACUUUAAAUAUGACAGAUUGUUUAUUUACCUAUAGAUUUGUUUACUUAAGGUCAUAGGAGUGUAUUGAUAAACGGAAAUAGGAAGUACAUCUCUAGUUGAAAAUCCAAUGUAGGGAGACAG